CUUCCAAAGAGCUUCAUAGGAAAAGCAAUAACCAAUAAAAACAACAAUACAAGAGCCAAAUAUCUAGCCCAGGCUACUCCCAGAUAAAAUAUUUAGGCUAUAGGCUAUUGCAGUUUUUACUUCAUGUAUCUCUUCUGCAGCGUUUUUGUGUGUUUUGUUUUUCGUAUAAGAUGAGUUCCUAUGUAGAAAAUUCCAUUUUUAAGCAGCAAACGCACGAGGCAUCCUCCUGUAGCGCCAUGAAUAGUUUAGGCAGUUAUGGUUCUCUCUCUGACUUCGAUCAAGCUAAUUAUGCCUAUAACGGAGGUCUUCAUGAUUUCAACGGAACAUUCACCUCCUCUGAUGCCACUGUAAACUCUCUAAAACGAGAAGAGAUGAACUCUAGCCUGCGAGGCAAAACGGACACUCAAUCUCCAACACGACCACAGUCAUACUCAGCCUUGAGCUCCCGGAACUCCGUGCAGAACUGCCUCAGUGACGGUAUACUGAGCAAAGGGAAUGAAAUGCAAAUGGAGGUGGUCGAAACCCCCAGAACUACGACCGAAGAAAGCGCGAUCAAAGUCGAAACUAUGCAACCUGUAAAACAUCAAAUCCAUUCGAAGAAGCACCUGGACAAUCAACAGCAACCGCAGAUUUUUCCCUGGAUGACAAAACUACACAUGAUCCACGAAUCAUCUGACGGUAAACGCUCUCGAACCAGUUACACCCGCUACCAGACUCUGGAGUUGGAGAAAGAGUUCCAUUUCAACCGUUACCUCGCCCGUCGCAGGCGCAUUGAGAUCGCCAAUACCCUCUGUCUGAACGAGAGGCAAAUUAAAAUUUGGUUCCAGAAUCGACGUAUGAAGUGGAAGAAGGAUUCGAAACUGAAAUCAAAGGAUUCAAUAUAAACAUGGAGUUUAUGACUGAUCUGGAGACGAACAGCUAAAAGAAGUAGGGCCUAAGCCUACCCUAAAUAGAGAAAGAGAGACCAUGAUUUGAAACGUGAAGGCCGUGUUCAGAAUCAGACCCUAUUAUGUGUUAUGGACUAUUACAUUAUUUGCAUAUUUCGUGUUUGGCACUUUAUAUGUGGACUUGUAUUCUUUGCUUAAUGGUUGUACAACAUUUAAGAUUAAAAAAAUAUAUAUAAUAAUAAAGUAAUGUGUUGUCUUAAUGUAAAGAUUGUGUCAGGACCUUUGGAAGAAUUAGGGAGAGCUGUGGACUAUAAGGCCACUCCCUCUUUCAUGUUACAUUCAAAAAUGGAAUAGACACCAAAUAAACAUUCUAUAGCCUAUACCCUUAGCAUUGAGAUAAUAAUUAUGAUCAUGUAAAUGACUGAUAAGCCUACUGAGGGGUACCAAUGAGAACGAGACUUUAUCACGGAAAUAUUUGAUUUUUCUAAAUGUUUUAAAAUUCAUAUUUGGGCAGAGUCUUUACACACGACUAAGAAAAACAGACGAUAUAAACAGACGGUUGACUUUUUCAAUAGCAAAUAGAUUGUCUACACGCAUAGACCAGCAGGGUCAGGGAUCUGCUUGUAAAUAUUGAAGAGUUUCGUGAUGGUAUUUGAGGAGAGCACCCAUAGGCCUGAGAUGUCCAUGUCCAUACCCUUCAACUGAAGAACCACCGACAUGCGUUUCUCCAAUUUCAGAUUCUUACUGAUUUUGUAUCUUAUUGUUGACUGUAAUCAAUGUCCAGAGUUGUCAACAGACAUGGCAAUGUGUUGUACAUGUCGUCUAUUUAUAGUCUCUAUGUAAUAUCAAGACUUUGGAUGAUUCUAUAGAACUAUAGAUGUACAAAUAUACCCUAACACUAACAUUUUCCAAAACGGAGAUAUCAACAGUGUAGGCUACAUAUUGGAUUAUCUGAAUACCUACAAGAGCCAUUGUGUAAUUCAUGGUAUGUUAAAGCUUGUGAUUCAAUCAAAACGCUUACAGGUGUUGAGAGACCUUUUGAAUAAACUUCCCAUACCAUAUACCAGCACAUUCGUGUCGCUUUUUAAUUUUUUUAUCAUUACAUGUGUAGGCACACUUGGUAUUGAAAAACAGAUUCGAGUCCCCGCACCGUCUAUUUCAAUAAUUUACAGUAUCCCUGUCAGACAAACGCAUGCACAUAAAAGUUUAAGGCCCCAAUAAAACGUUAUGACUAGGUAUCCAUCCACCUUUCCACCACAGAUAGGGAAAUGGUCCCUGUUUUAACAGGAUAUAGAGGCACAUAGCCAGCUGCUACUAAAUUCUCAUGGGUUGAAAUGCAGACUAACUUUCUUCUCUAUAGAGGCUGGCGACCUACAUACUUUGAUGUUUCUAUGGCAUUCUGGA